AUGUUGGGGCGUGCAUCGAAGCCUACACUUUCAAGCUCUUAUAAGCUUGAAGCCCUGAAGCAGGUCUUGGGUUACAAGGCCCUAAUUCGAGAUUUCCGGCCGCUAAGCGUUCUGGAUGCCACCUUGCCAUUGUCCGGCUGCCUCGAUCUGGACUGCAGCAGGACGAGCCCCAGCGAUGUGAGCCACAUUGCUCUGGAGAGUUGGAUUGGCGCGUAUGGGGCAGACUACGAGGUGUUCGCCAAGCGGCAUCCGGCUAAGGAUCUCGGCACCAUCGGAUGGGCCCUCGAGGAAGCCCUGUAUGUGCCGAGACCCACGCUGACCUCUGCUUAUGAGGAGUCCGGCAUUGCCCUGGAGUUCUACAAGUCCUACAACCCGUCCCACAACGAUGUCAGGCGCUUCUUCGACUCUCCAUGGAGCUUGCCUGCUGAUGCGGUACCUGUGAAAUCCAGUGAAGGGUGCAAAGUUUUCAGGUUCAGCGUUGUUAUGGGUUUGUCUCGGGGAUGUAGUGUGAAGGUAUGUGUAUCCUGA